AUGCGUUACACUUACACACUCACUGUCCUGGCGACAACUUUGCUCUGCUUGUCUAGCGCAAAUCGGGCUAGUGCUUUGCACUGUGCCGUCAAAGACAUCAAUGGGGAAUUUGUAACCUGCCCGGCGGGAUGCGAUGUCGAUACUCUACUCGAUCCGGUCUGCAAAGAUGCGGCCGGUGGCCAUGUGCUGGGUGCUAAAAAGACCGGCUGCUGGGUCGUGUUCAAGAACCCAGCGUACUCACCCUUGAGCUGUAAAUCCCAAUGUGAGGCUAACACUCCAGGAGCAAGGUACAACUGCGUUUAA